AUGCUGAAGGAGAACUACCGCAGUAUUAUUAGCUUUGUUGCUUGGGGUUGCACCCGAUAUCUGACGCUGCGCCCGGUAGUGGAGUGGGGAAGCAGCAUUGAGGGACUGCCUUGUGAUUCGGAAUCAGAUGAAGCAGAGGAAGACUGCCGUUUUUGUUUGAUGACGUUGCAGGGAGGCAAGAAGAAGCCUUUGAAGGCCCCCAAAAAGGACUCGAUUGAGUUUGAAGAAGAUAAGGACUUCAAGCAGAAGCAAGCCCAAAUAAAGAAGGAGGAGGAAGCUGCUAGGAAGGCUUUGUUGGCGAAGGCAGCGGCUAAGAAGAAGUGA